AUGGCGUCGACGCAAAACGACGGUUCAGGUCGCGACGGCGGCGCCGCGGACGGCGUCUCGACGUCCAGGAGCGAGUCGAUCAACAUGUUUCGCAACUACGAGCUCAGGACGGCGUACGCGAGCGCGAAGACGCGGACGCUGCCGACGUGCGUCGUGAGCGGGUUUCUCGGCGCCGGGAAGACGACGCUCGCGCGACGGGCGCUGGAGAAUCGAGGUGGACUGCGCGUCGCGGCGUGCGUGAACGAUUUCGCGAGCGUGAAUGUGGACGCGAGGUUGGUUCGAAGGACGGCAACGGGAGGAGAGAGCGAGGAUGGUUCGAGGAAGAGCGAGGCGCGAGUGACGGAGCUCACGAACGGUUGCGCGUGCUGCGCUUUGCGGGACGAUUUAGAGGCGAGCGUGGUGGAGCUGCUAAACUACGGCGACGGCGAUGGGUUUGAUUACGCGUUGAUCGAGACAAGUGGUUUGGUGGAUCCGACGGAGAUCGCGGCGAGAUUGGAUCGGAGUUUCGGGCCGCUCACGCGCGCUCGAUUGGACAGCGUGGUGUGCGUCGUUGAUGCAGAGAUUGCCGCUGACGGCGGGCCAGAUAGCGAACGCGACGUAUGGAAUGCGCAACUAGCAUGUGCGGAUGUCGUUCUGUUGAAUAAGGUUGAUUUGCUGCAUGGAGACGCGGAUAAGUUGGCCAGAGCGAGGAGCGUGAUAGAGGUCAAAGCGCCAGGCGCGCGCGUUUUAGAGUGCGUAAACGCGGACGUGCCAUUACCGAGUUUCUUAGACGUCGAUGUCGUCCCGCAACCGGAAGGGAAGAGUGGGCACGAUUGGGGAUCAGGACUGCUGCCGUAUGUACUCUCAACCACGGGUGGGCGAUUGAGAAAGCCGAAAUUGGACGACGGUUCUGUCGUCGUCCGAUCCACUGGUCCGCUGUCGCUGGAUCCAGCGAAGCGUACGACGCACUACUCCGGCGGUAAACGUAGCUCGUGCAACUCCGUUGCAUUUGAAACGUCGGGAUCUCUCGUGUUUGCGCGUUUCGAGCAUUGGGCGACGAAGAUGAUGCCCAAAUCUACGAUGCGCUCCAAGGGGGUGCUCACUCUCGCGGAGGACGGUUCUCGCGGCGGCAGUUACGAUUUCCACUUCUCUGGCAAGUGUCGUAUCGAACUCGAGCCGAGCGUCGGCGAACUCGUUAGUGCGACGAGCACGUGUCUGGUGAUAAUCGGCGAGGACUUGGAUGAGGUUGCGGUAACACGAGACGUCGCGACACUCGAGCAGCCUUUGCCCGCUGCUGCGUUGCGAGUGCUUCCAGAGUUGAAGAGGCGGAUAUCGCGGAGCAUGGCCGAAGAUUUGAGAUUCGAGAUCGAAAAUGUUGAUGACGCGAACGCUCUGAUCACCUUCCGUCUCACGGGUGCGGCGUCGAACGGGUUCACGGUGGCGGAAUUGGAAGAGUCACACGGCGUCGAUUUCAACACUAUGAAUAUCGACCUUCUUCGCGCCGUCAAUGCCUCGGGCGAGGGUGAGUGUUUGCUCGUGCCGUUUGAAUCGCGAGAUAAAGUCACAAAGUUCGGCAAACCGCAAAUUUUCUUGCGUCUCGCCGUGGUGAGUGGCUACGAGGAGUCGUAUGAAGACGUCGACGGGAUGGCGGGCGCGCGCGUGGAGGGCGCUUGGUCGUGCGUCCGUCGUCGAGCCGAACGCGUGCUCGAGCGACACAUCUCCCACAUACCGCGAUGUAAGUGUGGUUUCUAG